GCAUCCACGACCUCGCCUCGCGAGGUUCAACUAUGAAAACACUGAAAUCUCCACAAGAAAAAAAAACUGAUAAUUAUUUGCUAAUUAAAGAAUUAGAAAUAUUUGACUUUCAGACUAUACUUACUAAUAUUUUUAGAUUAAUAUGCAUUUAUUACACUGAAUAAGAAGUAAUGGAUCAGUUCUUAAUAAAAUACUAUUUUUUUUGAAGUUAUCAAGUUCAACCAUGCUAAUGAAAUCUAGGAUGGAUCAUUUCUGUUUUUUAACUUUUUUAGUGUAUUUGUGUAAAUGCACUGACAGACAUAAAUAACAUAACUAAGUUCUAAAGAUAUUCACUUCUUGGUAAUACAGAAUGAUAUCCAACAAUGCUAUAUCUAGCUCCUGACUGUUUAGAUUCUUAUCCAAUCGGGGUGGUUAUUGAAUAUCCUCAAUUUUUGUUUUUUUUUUAUGGUAGGGUACACGUGUUCGUUAUUGUUCAUUCUAACAAUAUUAAUCGGAGACUCAAAGUAUAUUCUACAUGGAGUCCUGUUUAUUGUCACUAGCGAAAGUUUCACUAUAUACCCUCAAAAUUUCCUCACCAUAUAAUUAUUUUCUAAAUUCUUGCAUAGUCUGGUCUUAUUCGUUAAUCCGAUGAAUGACUUUAAACCGGACGAUUUUAUUUUGGAACAACAUUGUCGUGGGAUAUCAUUAGAAAAACUUCAUGAUGAUCUUCUUCAGUAUUCUAACAUCCUUAAGUCCAGUUUAAUUGAAUUGAUCAAUCAAGAUUAUGCUGAUUUUGUAAGUCUAUCAACAAAUCUUGUUGGUUUGGAUAAAUCAAUUGAUACAAUUGUUACACCAUUGAAACAACUACAAUCUUAUGUAUCGUCAGUCGUUGAUGAACUUGAAUCUACUGAUCAAGAAUUAUCAGCUAAGUUGAAAUCUCUUCAGCAUAUAAAAAAUGAACAGGAUUAUGCAGAUAGUUUAUUCACAUUAGAUGCAUGUGUGUCGCGUUUAGAACGUUGGCUAACACAAUCAAAUCAACCAUCAGUGAAUAAAGAACAAACUAGUGAUCAACUACUUCAUAAAUCUAAUAACAUCAAGUUAGAUGACAGUGAUAAUAAUGAUAAUGAAACGUCAAAAGAUAUUAAUAGUGAUGGUGAUGAAAAUGAAUUAGAUAUAUGGCCAAUUGAAUUCUAUGCUGAUUGUUCUCUUCAUGAAGAUAUUGGACAACGUAUGGAUCGAAUUGCUAAUGAAUACAUCAAACUUCAAUUUUUCAAUAAAAAGUGUCGUGGUCAUCCAAUUUUAAAUUCAUUAAAACCACGUAUUAAUUGGAUUACAGUAAAUCUUCAGGAACAAUUAGAGAUACGUUUAAAGGAGAGUUUCAAAGCAUGUUGUUUAACAGUAAUUGAUACAAAUGUUGAUUGUACAAUACCUAAGCAUUCUAUUGAACAAUUAAGACAAGUUAUAUCCAUAUAUUUGGCUAUUGAUAAAUUAUCUGAUUUAUUGAUAUUAUAUCGUAAAUUUGUACUUCAUGAUCAACUUAGUCAGAUAUUUACUCCUCGACCUGAAUUAACCCAUGCAGGUUCUGACAUUGCAUUAGCUGCUGAGACUUUGAACUCGAUGUACACCAGAGCACUGAAAGUUCUUGAUUCACAACUGUAUUAUGUGAAAGAACAGAUUAUUAGAUACUCACCUGAAGGCUCUGAACCUUUAUCGGAUUUCGAUUGUCUAGUCGAUGGAUUUUGGCCUGAAACAAUUGAUCUUAUCUGUAAUAAUCUAUCGGAAAUAUUUUCUCCAGGUCAUCCAGACAGAUUCUAUUCCUUAUAUACUAUCAGCAUGAAUUUUAUUAAGACAGUUGAAACAAAGACUUGGUCAACUAGCCAACUUGUCAAUUUACGCAAUCAUCCAUCUUAUUCAAUGUUUAUAGAUAAAUGGAGUUUACCAGUUUACUUUCAAAUCAGGUUCCAAGAAAUAGCUGGAAAUGUUGAAAACGCUAUGAAAAAAGGUCUGAUAGAGAUUAAAGAAAAUCGAAAAUCUUGUUUAAUUGAAGUUACCGAAGUAGUUAUCUGUCAGUUGAAUCGCUGUUGGGAAAAAGGAAUUUAUUUAGAUAAGUUAAUCCAUAGAUUUUGGAAAUUAACUCUACAAAUAUUAAGCCGUUAUUCAAGUUUUAUUGAUGAACAAAUAAAAUCUAUCCAAGAGAAUAACGCUACUGCAAGUCAAUCGUCUGAUUCAAUUUCACUGACAAAGUCAACUGAUUGCUUUCCCGAAUUGUUAAUAUACUUUUUUGUCGAUUGUCUUCGAUUGGUCGAUUAUGUUCGUUUAGAAUUGAAGGGGGAAAUUUUCACUUGUCUCAACCAACGUCUAGUUCUACAAACAAUGAAUAACGACAGUAAUGAUGACACUGUGAACUAUGAAACUAUAUUAAGUGAGUGUUUGGAGCAGUCAUGUGAACGCUUAAUUGCAUCUACCAAUUCAAUAAUGGAUCUUAUCAAUCAAAAAAUUCAACAAAAUUGUUUAAAUAGUAUUCGCCAAGUACUAGACAUACCACGUCAAUAUCGUUGGACUAAUCGAGAGUUUCCUUCUAAUGCAUCUCUAUAUGUAUCAAAUAUCAUACAUCCUUUAAUGAAACUCGAUAGUUUAGGAUUACAUUUAUCUCAAUCAGUCCCUAACGCUCAACCAUUUUUAUCUACUUUAAUAAAAAAAUGUAUCACAACUGUUACUCAUGACUAUACAGCUCAACUUUCUGAAGUGUCUACAUCAGUACGAAAAAUGGAAGAUAGUUUACGGCGAUUACGUGAAGUUAGGCGUGGUAGUUCACAAAUUUCCAAUCAAUCUCAAUCUGUCAAUGGUAGUAGUGGAAUUCACUCAGAUGAUAAAAUUCGUCAUCAAUUGUACUUGGAUGCUAAAUCAUAUAUUGAUGAGGUAAGGAAGUUUUGGAGUUUAGAUCGUGAGUAUACAUGUGAGUUGGACGAUUUUAUAGAGCAAAUAGACACAACUCGAACGGAACCAAAUAUUUGCAAUAUGAAUACUAUUCCAGCAGUUAGUCAAGAGUGAUCAACAAAAUUGAAUUGUGAUAACUUUUAUGUACAUUAGAUAACAUGGGUAGAUAUACUUGACAAUAUUUCUAUGCUUUGUCAAUCAAAUAAACUUUGUCUGUAUUGGUCUCUUCGUUUUGUGCUUGAGUAUACUUUUCAUUUGUAGAUACUAACCUUAAGAUCUUUUCUUUCGAUUUAUCAGGUAGUUGACCAAUGUAGUCAACACCGUCAAUGUACAACUUCGGUAGGUGAUCUUCCAGUAGGAGGCAAACUAAUUCCUUGUCUUCAAUCUGCGGGUUUCCACUCACUAUUAAGCGGCGUAAAGCUCU